CGGCCCCGGCUGAGGGGCGGGCUGGGCGGGAGGAGGUGUUUUCCCUCCGCUUCCGCGGCUCCGUCGGUCUUUUCUCCACUAGAAAGAGCAGCAAAGACUAACUGGGAGUUGUGGUGGCCCCAGAGAGAAGAUCUGAUCAGAACGAGGAUUGAGAGAGAGAGCGCAAAAACACAACUUCACAGCUCUCUUCCUCAUUUUUCAUCUAAAGGUGAAUAUCUGCAGGACAGGCAAGGCUCUGGCCCACAUGCUUCAGGAGGUGGCAGGUUUCAGGACUAGAGCAGCCAGCAGUAGAUUCCAGCACAGCAAGUUCUGUGUUCCUUUGAUUCUGAGAUCGGGUGCAAAGGGCCAACCACCAAUCAGUUUUUGAAAAGGAAAACAGAAACAAAAAGGAAUUGAAGCAAUCUGUUUCUUUUAAAGAUAAAGGUGAGGUGGCACAAAUGUCAUCCAGUUUUCUGAGCAUCUCUUUGUUGCCUGUGUUACACUCACAGGUCAAAUGCAGCACGAAGACAAUGAGAAUAUCCGGCUGGCUGUGCCACAAAUACUGUCUGCUUAGAGCUUUCUUAGAGCUAAAAGAAAAUUCAGUAAAUUUUGGAGUUGAAUGCUUCAUCCUCUUCCCUCACAAGCUUGUGGAGGUGACAGAUGUUUCCUUGGGGCCUGUUAUUUUAGACACCUCCAUGAUUUAUAUAUCUCUGGAAGCCUGAUGUGUGGAAUUGGAUGUCACAGACAAGCUGAAAAUAACUUCUUUGUGCUCGUAUAUACAGACUCUGGUAUCUAUUGGCCCAUGUGGAAAAAUUCCAAAUUGAAUCAUGUUAUCUGUGCCUGGCAGAUGCACUGAGAUGUACAGAUGGAGCAAUGAUGAGUUAAAGUGAAGUGGAAAUGUUUCGUGGAGAGCACUGGCAAGAACUCUGCAGUAACAUUGUGCACAGCAGAACCACCAUGGCAUAGCCCUCAUGAUUGUUUUGAAAAACUGGCUGCUUGCGGCUUGGAUGAGUGGACUCUUCGAUGGGUAAAAAACUGGAUGAAUGGCCGGGCCCAGAGAGUUGUGCAUUUCUCAGAGAACCUGGAUCACUUCUCUGACAACAUGGAGGAUUUCUCCAAUGACCUGUUCAGCAGUUUCUUCGAUGACCCAGUACUGGCUGAGAAGAACCCACUGCUGGACAUGGACCUGGAUCCACCCACUCCAGGCAUCCAGGCAGAGCACAGCUAUUCCCUCAGUGGAGACUCUGCUCCCCAGAGCCCCCUUGUGCCUGUCAAGGCUGAAGAUAAUACUAAUGAGCUGGAGAAUGGAGUGUGGUCGCUGGGGCCCAAGCUCUGCUCCAUCAUGGUGAAACAGGAACAGAACCUGGCUCUAGACCUGCCUGAGUCCCAGCUAGCUGCCAGCUCCAUACCAGUGCUGAACCUCAACCCUCUGCAGAGACUGCCAGUCCCCGAGGAGAUUCCCAUAGAAAUGACUCCAGCACCUGUGAUCAAAGCUGAACCCAAAGAGGUGAAUCAGUUUCUAAAUGUUCCUACAGUAGAUGACCUGGUGCAGAUGCCUCCAACUCCACCCAGCAGCCAUGGCAGUGACAGUGAUGGAUCUCAGAGCCCUCGGUCCCUGCCUCCCUCCAGCCCAGCCCGGCCUGCUGCUCGCUCUUCUACUGCCAUCUCCUCCUCACCUCUCCUCACAGCACCACACAAGUUACAAGGAACCUCUGGCCCGCUGCUCUUGACUGAAGAGGAGAAGCGCACCUUGAUUGCCGAGGGUUACCCCAUUCCUACCAAGCUGCCCCUCACCAAAGCAGAGGAGAAAGCACUGAAGAGAGUCAGGAGGAAAAUCAAGAACAAGAUCUCUGCUCAGGAGAGUCGCAGGAAGAAGAAAGAGUAUGUGGAGUGUCUAGAGAAAAAGGUCGAGACAUACACAACAGAAAACAAUGAACUCUGGAAAAAAGUGGAGACCUUAGAAAAUGCAAACAGGACUCUGCUCCAGCAGUUACAGAAGCUGCAGGCUCUGGUAGCUGGGAAAGUCUCCAGACCUUAUAAAAUGGCUUCCACGCAGACCGGGACCUGCCUAAUGGUGCUGGCACUCUGCUUCGUUCUGAUCCUGGGAUCCCUGAUGCCCUGUCUCCCUGAGUUCUCCUCAGCAUCACAGACAGUGAAAGCAACACCAGCACCAGACAUUUACACAACUAGUAAGAUUCAGUCACGGAGCCUUCUUUUCUAUGAUGAGGGUGCUGGCUCCUUAGAAGAGAGCUAUAGCUCCUUCCUAACCAUGGACCAUCCUGAGGGGUGGGAGGCUGAAAAAAGGCAAUCUGAGGAGGGAAGGCCUCAUCUGGCCAGGACACAUGAGACAGCCAAAUAUCUGAGCAAAACCCAGCUGGAGGGUCCCGACCAGAACCGAACUGACACAACUCUCACCCACCUCAAAGAGCAAUUCCAUGAGAGGGAGACAAGCUCCAGUGAGACAACUGAAUUCUUGUAGCAGCUGCUGGACCUCAAGGCCUCAUUUGUCAGAUUGCAGGAUUCCCUCCUCACCAAGCAACUGAGGGGACUUGGCAGGAGAGGACACUGCAUUCAGACACUAGUAAACUGGCCUUGGGUUCAGCUCCUCCCCUUCCCCAUUCUUCCCAUUAGUAAUGAUCUCUCUAAGGGCUGUCACAGGACUGCCAGAACCAGCAGUAGAUCUCUGGAGAAGCCCUGGACACCCUCUUCUCCUGGCCUUACCUUCUGCUUAAGUGAGCACUACCCUAUGGAUGUGGGCUCACCUUGAAGUGGAGGGAGAUCAGGGGAAGCCCCCAAACUACUCAGCUCACUCCCCAAAGCCUCCAGACCCAGGGGGCUGUCCCCAGCUCUGUACCCCUUGGCUACAUCAGAUGCACCUGAAGGAGAGAGAGAGAGAGUGUUGGAUUUACUGUCCUGCCUGGGAGACUUAGAGGUGGGUGAUGCUGGUGCUGGAGAGAUGGCUCUGGAGAGUUUGAGCUCAUUCCUUACCCUCCAUCAGUUAGUAUAUUUCUCCUUCCAUUGAGAGAAAACCUAGUUCUUCCUUGCUCUAGUUUUCUCUUGAUGGACAUGCCUACGUAAUUUCAACGCCAAAUAUCUGCAAAAAUCUGCACACAAACGGAGUGGGGGAGACAGAUCCCAGACAGAUAAAUCACCAUAAAAAUUAGCCAGCAGCUUCUAGACAACCAGAGCUCUGAAAUAGAUAACAAUUUUCCCCCACAACCCAUUUCUCCCCACCCUCAGCACCCCUGCUUUGGCAGGAGUGAUAUUUCUCCAUCUGUUCCCAACUUGGGCCCUACAGUGCAGUGCUAACCAGGUCAGUGGUCUUCUCACUUUCCAUUCUGGAGGCAUUUCCUUUGAGAGUGAGUGAAACACAUUCCUAUAAUCUGACCCUCAUCCCAGCUCUCCAUCCCCAAUUUGGCCUCAUGACUCCAUGAAAUGGAGUCUUUCUAUGAACCACCAAGGAAGGCUCUGAAACCCAUUGGAGGUCUGUCAGAUUAGCCAUCGUUCCCCUCACAUCCUCCGUGUUUACACAACACAUAGUGUUGUGAAAACCGCUGAGGACAUACUGGCAUUUCUGGAGACAGGUACAUCUGUCAGGAAAGGGGUGGCAUGUUGGAAUUGGCCAGGGUAACGAAAGGCAGUUUUAGACCUCUUCCUUCUAAGUACUGACACCAAAGGUAGCAAACGCUUGUCAUACCAUCCCUCAGGCCAGACUUGCCAAUUUUGGUGUUGAAGUGACCUCAUCUCAAGCCUGUGCCAUCCUUUUUAGCACCCAGACACUCAUUUCUGAUCCUUCUCCCUCCCCAUCAAAAGCCCUGUAGAAAGGCUCAAGUGUCUCCUCGCUCCAUUCCCUCAGCUGCCAUUUGAUGAAAGGACAACAUGGGACAUGAGUGUUGGAGAUCUGCGAUGUGCCAGGUUGCCCCAUGUUUUAACAUGGGAGUCCCUGCACACUCUGUCAGGUCUCACAGCAGGUUCCUCUUCCACUUGCUUCUCAUCAAGCACCCUGGCCUCACUCUGCACUGCCCCAGCCUCUCCUCUUCACCCAGUCUGGGAGUGGAGAAGGCCCCUUGGAGAGGAAGGAUGGGAUGGCUCUUGCUCAAUGAAUAGGAGAAGCGAGGGAAGGGCCCUCAUAUCCUUCUUUUCUACCUUUUGAAAAUUGGUUUUACCCCCAAAGCCAUUUAGGAAAAAUUUGGACACAGCUAGCUGCAGCCAUACCUGCGUGGCCAGUGGGGUGAGGAAGAAGGUGGCUUUCAGCAUAGCUCUUCUCAAGGUCACCAGAUACCACUGCAUUUCCCAACCUCCACCUUCACUCCAGCACAAAGAACCACUGCCGGGUCCAAGCACGCCUUCCUCCACCCCAGCACUUCCACUGAGCAUGUCCCCAUGCCUCUCACUCCCACCGUUGUACAGAGACCAAGAGCAGAACUCGUUUGUACAUAAUGAACCUUAUUUUGUAUUAUUGCCGAUCCCUUAAGAUAUUGUAUUUUGGAGACUCUCAGAUCCUAUUUUCAGUAUUGUAUUUUAUUAAGAAUUAGUGCGGGCUUGGCAUCUAUGAACUUCUUGUAGCAGCUCACUUUCCACUUAUACUCCAGCAGCUGCCUCUUCCCUCCUCUUUGGUUGGUUUUUUUUUUGGUUGGUUGGUGGGUUUUUGGGGGGGUUUUUUUAGUUGUUUUUGGUUUUGGUUUUUUCCAAGCUACCUUUUCUCCUCCUCCUAUCACUUGCUCUGCAUUUGCUUUGUGAAGCAAAAUAAAAAUAAAAUAAAAAGUUGCAGCAUCAA